AUGGCCGCUCCUCCGAUCCAGCAAGAAACGGCGUCGUGGCUGCUGGAGAACGGCAGCUAUAAGGUGCUGACGAAGGAGGCGCGUCAAGGCCACGGCCACAGCCACCACGGCCGGACGGCGCACAACAUGUCCUCCUCCUCCCUCCGCAAGAAGUCGGACCUCACGCUCGUCUCCAAAGUGCAGUGCGGCCUGCUCCGCUCCGCAGAUGCGCAGAGGAGCUUCGGUUUUCGGGUUUAG